AGCAGGCGAGGCGCCUCGUUCCGAAGGCAUGGCUCAGGAAUUCAGCGCAAAGAAUACCUGCUCGACCUGAUCGACGACCGGCUCCGCGUACAUCGUAUAUGCUGGCGUCGGCCGCCAAAGGCUCACAUCUCUCACCGGAGCGCAGCAGGUCGUCGUCCGUCGCACACUCUUUUUAUUAUUAAAAGAAGAAAAGAUUUUUUUUUUUUGAUGAUGUCUCGGCCGAGCAUUUUACCCGACGAGGCGGUCUUCGCCGACUUCAGGAAACAGUGUUUGUCUGUGGACAACUGGCAGAAGAAGUACGACAACAACGACAUGCAAGUGUGGGUCGAACACCUGCAGGCGAAGAAAGGGAAGCAGGCGCCCAAGGUCCACAAGAUCAAGUGUAAAAUGAUAAUCAAAGACGUAUCAGCUGCUGCCAUGUACGACGUCAUCCACGAUGGCCAGUACCGUAAGAAGUGGGACCCCGCCAUGAAGGAGAGCUUCGACAUCGCCCGGCUCUCUGCUAACGCUGAUGUGGGCUACUAUGCAUGGUAUUGUCCAAGUCCAAUAACGAACAGAGAUGUGGUGACAUUGCGUUCAUGGCAGGUGAAGGAUGAUGAGUACACAAUCGUUAAUUUCUCUGUCAAACACCAGAAAUACCCUCCUCGCACUGACCUCGUCAGGGCCCUUUCCAUCCUCACUGGCUAUUUCAUCAAGCCCACAGGACCAAAUAGCUGUAUCUUCAUAUACCUUUCACAAGCUGACCCCAAAGGUUCUUUUCCAAAGUGGGUGGUAAACAAAGCAUCUCAAAGUCUCGCUCCCCGGGUCAUGAAGUGUGUACACAAGGCGGGACAGAACUACCCAGAGUGGAAGCGGCAGAACUCUCCUGACCAGAAGCCCUGGUUGUACCCGGAGCAGAACGCCCUGCCCAUGAUGGACCCCGCCGAGCUGUCGAUACAGAGGGCAGACUCGCUAGAAAACGUGGACGAGAGUUCCAAGUUGGACGCUCAUGACAGCGAGGACAGUAGUUAAAAUGGCAUCAAAGUGAAGGGAGGACGGUUUGCCAAAGAAGGAGAGACAGGAGGAUGGACUGUGUAUCCUCACAAACGCAAUAAGACUUGAGACCUCCGACUCUGUGAUAUCGCACCUAAUCCUCCCAAUUUUUCCAAAUCAGAGUCUUUUGGGAUGAGCAAGAGUAUGAAGUGUUUACAGCCGUCUGAACAGAUGGAAGUGAGGACUGAUCAAGUUGCCAUUACCUCAGUCGAUGUUGAGCUAAGCUAAAUCUCUCCUCACUGUUCGCCAUGGUGUUAUGCCUUUUACAUUGGGUUUUGGAUGUUGGCCUAGCCGCAACAUUAUAUUUACAAUGGCUCCACUGUCUCCGCUAACCUUGUUUAACUGCAGCUAUAACGUAAGAUACACAUGAACACAUUUUUUUUUUAAAUGAGAGAUUAAACGUCGUUGUCCACUGGUGACCCUUUAUUAAGGGGCCGGGUGGUGGAAGUAGAGUUAAAUUAGAUUAUAUAUAAAUAACAAACGCCACGAUUGCUCUUUAAGACAUUAGACAAACUAUUUAAGCUUAAGGUCGUUUUAAAAAAAUAUUAGAUGUCAUAAAAAUGAUUGGAUCCUGAACUUGACACACCUGAAAUAACCAAUUUUAUUUUGUCAAAUCUUGUCAAUUUGGUUACAGACCUUUUUUUGCAUAACCCCAAAAAAAACCCACUUACUCUCUCAACCUUUGCUACUAAUUUUGUUUCUUAAAUGUGAAUUUUAAUGCCACUUAUUGUAAUUUUAUUUGGCCAGUAUAAUGGGUAAAACUUGAGGGCUGUUUGAAGGUUCACUGUGAUGUUUUACAAUCAAAGUGUAUUUAUUGUAAUUCUUAAAUAAGUUGUAGACUUGCAUUGACAUUCUAAGAACAGAUCAGUUGUUGGAUCUGUGAGAAUGAAAAUCAAGUGAGGUUGUAUAAACAUGUAAAAUAUAAAUAGCCAGUUUGCAUUUUA